AUGGUGUUAACAAAACAACAGUUUGAAGAAGCAGAAUAUCGCUUAGAAAACGCAAAAUUAACAAAAUCCAAACGGCGAGAAUUACGUAAACAAAUCAAAAGUUAUCAGUACUCUUUGAAAUUUCCAGCAUUUCGUCCAUCCAAUUUCACAAUUGAAUUUGUCAACAAGAAAACAACCACUGGUCAACUGGAAAAUUAUAUUGCAGAAGCAAAAAAUGCUACAAUUUUGAUUGACACAGAAUCAAUCAUCAAACAUGGUCAAAUGAACGAACCUGCAUUAAUACAAAUUCAGAUUCUUCAUAAAGGAGAAUCGUCAACAAUAUUAAUCGUCGAAAUUAAACAUUUACCACCCACAAACUCGAAUCGACGCACAUUGAUACAAAAACUGUUCGACGAAUGUUUAAGCAAUGAAUUCAUUCAUAUGUGGGGUGAGCCGUCAGAAUUGCUGCCAUUUGUACAAUGUGGUCUAUUUACCGAAAACAUAUUAAACGCAGCAAACAUACUUGAUGAACAGAAACAUUUCAAACAAUUUGUCAGAGACAACUACAUUCAUCGUGGAAGUGAUUGUUUUUGUGAACAAUGUAUUCAUCAGAAUCCCAAUGAUCCGUGGUCAUUAAUAGAUGCUAUUGCCAGCGCCACAGGUAAAUGGUUGGAUAAAUCUCUCACUCUCUCUCCAUUUGCUAUAGGUCUUGACGCUCGCUUAUAUAGUCAAACACCACAGCAACAAGCUUAUCGUCAACAAUUAGCAACAUACGCUGCUUAUGAUUGUCUCGCUAUCCAAUCAUUACUACCAAUUCUUUAUCCACGUCCCCCAUCACCGGCCUACUCAUUUAUUUCGAUCGAAGAAGAACCAGCGAACGACCCGGCAACCACAAAUGCCAUUCACUUCGUUCCUUCGCCUGAAAAUGGCAUAGAAUUAACAGUAAACGUCAUUUCAUCACCGGACGAAGUACCACAACCGUUUUCAGCACAUCAACACCUCUCUGUCGUUAUUCCAUCACCGCCGUCGUCUCCACUUCAUGUUCAAUCUCAGCGACCAAAAUUAACCGCUCAAGAAUUAAAGAAAUUAAAAAACAAAGCGGCUACAUUUAAGCAACGUCAACGUAGAUUUGCUAAUCAAAUUACAAUUCAUAACAUCGACGGUCGAUUUUCUUCAUGGAAAAUUAAACAAAUAUUAAACCAUGCAGCAAUUAAGUUCUUGGCAGUUUCGACCCCAUUGUCUCCGAGUACUGGUUUAAAAAUGGCUGUCAUCGGAAUUGCUGAACCAAACAAACUACAACAAUACGAACAAUUGAUGAUCUCAGAUAAUUGGUUUAAUUUCGCGCAUUUCGAUCGUUUGUACGGGCAAAGUCGUCGUCCACCUCGUCCAGUCCUUGUUAAUACACCCUACGUUCGACCACAAGAUCGUCGUCUACCAGUAUUAUUCAAUUUUGAAGAUCUACCGCAGGUAGAUCGUCGCGAUCGAGCUGACCGCGAUCGUCAUCAUCAUCGUAAUCGUCGUUCACCACCUCAACAGUCGUUUGAUUCUGUUGCAUCAUGGUCUGUUUCGCAUCUUAUAAAUUUCAAAUCUUGA